AUGGAUAAUAAAUGCCAACAUCACGACGUGCCUCGCCCUGUCCUUUCAGGUGGAUGGCUCCUGCUCUCUGCCCUCGUGCUGCGCUUGGCUUCAGCUUGUCCUGCCACAUGCGCGGUGUGCACCAGGGAUGGAACCCUCUGUCACCAGCUAACCUAUAUAGUAGGUAAUAAAACCAACAACUCUACAAAAGCAGUGUUAAGUGUAUCUGGCAAACUCGCUGCCAUGGCUUUCGUCGUGCUGAGUGCUUUCUGGGCUCAGCCUGAUAGAGCGGCCCCUCUGGCCCGACCCCACCCCGAGGCUGCUGGGAGGACAUCCUGCACCGCCGCCCCGGCCACCACCCUGACCUGGGCGGUCACCAUCCUGGCCACCACCCUGGCCACCACCCCAGCCCUGGCCACCACCCUGGCCACCACCCCAGCCCAGGUCACCAUCCCAGCCACUGCCCUGGCCACCGCCCCAGCCACCAUGCUCAGGUCCCUGGCCCAGGCCACCACCCCAGCCACCACUCUGGCCACUGCCCUGGCCACCACCCCGGCCCAGGUCACCAUCCCGGCCACCGCCCCGGCCACCAUGCUUGGGUCCCCAGCCCAGGCCACCACCCCGGUCAGCGCCCCAGCUGCUGUACUUGGGUCUCCGACCCAGGCCACCACCCCAGCCACCACCCCAGCCACCACCCUGGCCACCACCCCAGCCACAGCCCCGGCCGCCCCACUCAGGUCCCCAGCCCAGGCCACUGCCCUGGCCACCACCCUGGCCACUGCCCCAGCCGCCGUGCUCGGGUCCCCGGCCCAGGCCAGGUGCCACCCCGCGCUUCCCAACCUCACCGUGCUGCUGCGGGACACGAGUCCCCGCGUCGCGGGGCAGGACGUGGCCCUGCUGACACUCCUGGGCUUGGCAGGAGCUGUUGGUCUCACUUGCCUAGGUUUAGUUGUAUUUAACUGGAAACUCCAACAAGGCAAAGCAAAUGAACACACAUCAGAAAACCUUUGUUGCAGAACCUUCGAUGAAUCCCUGUGUGCUCAUGAGGCAAGAAAUUACCACGCUAAGGGAUACUGUAACUGCCACUUAGCUCAGGAAAACGAGAUAAAGGUCACGUCCAUUGUGGGGUCCAGAAAGGAAAUGCCACUCUUACAGGAAAACAGCCAUCAAGCAGCCCUGGCCUCUGAGUCCACAGCCCUUGACGGAUCAUUUAGAAACCUGAAAGGGAAAGACCAUGGGGCGGACAGCACUUUCUUCUGCUUUGGUGGCAGACUGCUGCAGUCAGGACGUUCAGAGCCUCCUGGGAAUAUGGCAGCUUUUAAUGAAGCAGGCUUCCUUACAAGGUAUCCAGAGAGAGUUAAAAAGCUAAGGAAUCAUGAGCCUGGGGAAGUCCAACAGCCAACUGUGCCACAGCAUGUAACAAGAACAAUAGAUAUCAACGGUGACACAUUUAGUAGAAGAUAUGCAACAUCCGCUUCAGCGUUGGCAAGAGAAAGUCUUGAAAAGCAUUUAACAAAUGAAUCAUGGCAGCCUCCAAUAGAAAAAAAAGACAAUGGCUUACAACCUCACAGCCUGAGACAUUUUAUUACAGGCUCAUCAUCCAAGCCUUGUGAGCCUGAGGAACGCUGUGUACAAAAGAUCUUACAAAAACAUAGAUCAAAAUAUGAUGAUCCUUGUGGACUGUUAAAUCGGAGCAGGCCUCGCUAUUUUCAGCCAAACAAUUCUCUUAUCUGUAAAUAUGUGCCCUGUGAUCAAUUUCAAGAUUAUGUGAAAGAAAAGAAGCCAAGUCGUCAAGAACAUUCAAAGGCCAAGAAAGAGAAAAUCCAAAUUAACAGUGCAAUAGAAAAAUUCCCUAUGAGUGAGGACAACUUGGAGCCAUCAAGGUUAUCUACAAAAAUCAAGAGAACAUAUUCCCCCAAGAGGGUUAGCUUCUGUGAUCCUGAUUUAGUAGAAAAAAAUAGCUUGGUGAUGUCAUCCAGAACAUCAACCCGUUGGAAACAGCAGGAAAAUCAAAGCAGCCACCUGACCAAUUUGGAUCUCAAAAAAUGUGGCGAUCCUCAGGAGGGAGACAAAGAAGGAAGAUGGCUUACUGAUCCCCAGAUUCUGAAAAAGAAGAGAACCAAUCAACGUGAUCUCCAAGGGAAAAUUAAAAAACAAAAUUCAAGGAUAAAAUUAAAUCUACACGGUUUUAGAAAAGUCAAAGUCCAUCCAGAAAAAUCCUUGCCAGGACUCCAAAAGAAAUGCAGACAAGUAUUGUUACCGCCUAGUAAAUUAUCUAAAGCUUCUCAGAGAGAAGCCAAUACAAACCAUGUGUCCUCUGCAGAUUUUCCCCAACGGCCAGAGGGUAACUCUGUCAAACUCACUUCAAAGAGUGUGCCUCUCAGAUGUGCUCCAAAGCAGACCUCAUAUUACCAAGAAAACACUAAAAACAUUGCUCUGCUCUGUGCUAAUGGCUUACCUGCAGUCAACCAGAGCUCCAGGGAAGGCAACUGUCACCCGACUGGCCUCAUUCCUGGUAGCAGUGCACCGACACUGCCUCUGCCCACACCCAUCAUAGCUGAACACGGACAUUCGGCCUCUCAGUUUUCAACUGAGCAAAUGGAAGGUGCAACUUCCCUUGCAUUGGAGGUGCCUAGGUGUUUACCAGCUACUUGGGAAAAUAGAGGCAGUGAUGUUUUACCACCCAGCAGUUCCAGGGGGGCUACUGACCAAGGGGCCACAGAGCCCACGAAGCCCAUGAAGCCCAUGAAGCCCAUGGAGCAGGACAAACCAAUAACCAUUGAUCCAAAUCAGUUUUCUUUGUCCCUGGGGAAUCAAACACAGCUUGCAGUUGGCCACAAGACUGACACCUACAAGGAACACACUUUAGAUCAAAACGAAACCUUCAAACAUGUAGAACAACAUCCUAGGCAUGAACAAUCUGGAAAUGAGGAGGAAACGCUAAUGACCAAACGGAAAAUAUCACGUCAGAUUGUAGAGAGUUGUAUCGUGGAUGAGGGAAAUGACGUAGGAACAAAACUUCCUCAAGCAGAAACUAACGAUUCCCUUCUCCUUUGCUCUGAGGCACAAGCCAACCGUGACCUACCACUGAUGAAGGCAAAUGCUGUUCCAUUCCAAAAUAGGACAGAGAUUCCCAAAGAAAUGAGUACUUCUCCUAAGACCCAAGCCAUCUGGAAUCUAACCGAUAGUGGCAAAAAAGAAACUGAGGGCUCGAAUGCGUUGCCCAGAGGUGGUGGCAGUGAAACACCAUGUAUGAGGAAAAUAUUAGGGAAAGAAGAGAAGAAAGUCCUUGAUGAAAACAAGCCAGAUUCUAGUACAGUAAUGAGAACUGCACAGGUGACCUUAAAAGGCAGCACAAAAGAAAUGCAGCAAACUUGGGAAAAUGGACAAAGGGAAAAGCAUACGUUGUAUGAUUCAAGCUCUGCUGAGGCCACUAUUACAGCUAAGGAUUUGGGUAUCCCGCGUUCCCCUGGGGCUGAACAUAGACCUUCUUGUGAUGAAACAGAUCUUUGAUUUAACAGUACUAUGCAAGUUUUGGGCAAAUUUCGCAAUAUGCAACCAGAUAAAAGUGGCAGUACGCAUAAAGAAGGUGCAGGGACAGUGGAGACGCGUGAACUGCUUUCCUCCUUACUGGAGUUAAAAGACAUUAGUUUUGUGACAAAAAAUAGGGGGCCUCUAAUGCCUAGAAGACUAGAUGAAGCUGAAAACGCUGCCCCCCCACCUACGCUGUAGCCCCCAUCUGCUGAUGAUGCUAACCCACCACCUUUAGAGACAGAACUCAACUAA